AGGAGUUACAGUUUCUCUCUCUUGCUCUCUCUCUCUUCUAUUUUUUUUCUCUUCUUCUUUUGGUAUUUUUUUUUCAAAAUCUUGUUGUUUUGAAUUUUUUUUCUACUUUGAUGGAGUUGGAGCCUAUUUCGAGCUGCUGUUCGUCGUCGUCCCCAUCGGUUCCGUCGUCUUCGUCGUCGGGGGAAGAAGCGGCGGACAUGACGGAGCUGGAGGCGGCGGAGGCAUUGGCGGAUUUGGCGCAGCUUGCGAUAAUGCGAGAGCAGGUUUUCGAAUCCGCGGCGAGUUGGGGGAGCAAAGGUAAACGAGUGAGGAAGCGAGUCAAGACCGAGUCUCCUCCGUGUGACUCGCGUUUGAAACCGGCUGACUCGGAAACAUUACCUACUCUGGAUCUCGCUGAGGGACGGGCAGUGAAAGACGAGGAAGACGAAGUUCAACCAAUUACCAGGGAAGUAACUAAAGUCCCGGUUAAAACUGAAGUAACUGAUGAAAUACCUAAGCCAAACAUUGCUUCGACCCUAAGGUGUAGAUCAAGUGGCUGUGGCCGAUCAAGGCAGAAUUUAAGUGAGGCUGAAAGAGAAGAACGUAGAAUCCGAAGAAUACUAGCUAACAGAGAAUCUGCGAGGCAGACAAUUCGGCGAAGACAGGCAAUGUGCGAGGAGUUGAGUAAAAAAGCAGCUGAUCUAACAUAUGAGAAUGAGAAUCUGAGAAGGGAAAAAGAUUGGGCUUUGAAAGAGUUUCAGUCUUUGGAGACGAUUAACAAGCAUCUAAAAGAACAGGUAUCGAAGUCAGCAAAACUCGAUACAAAAGAACCUGAAGAAUCGCCCAAGCCAUCACAAGUUGAAAUGUCUACAUCAUCUACUCCCUUUUACUUCUACAACCAGAAUCCAUAUCAGCUUUUCUGCUGGCCUCAUGUUACUCAAUCAUCAAAUCCAGUUAUCUCACCACUUGAAACCCAAAACGGUUUCGCAGCACCAUUCACCACCGUUGGAGGAGCUUCUGCUAAAACUAUGACCUCGCAGGAGCAUGGAAAUCCUGCAGAUGACAAUGGGCAAAAAACUCAUUUUUACGUCGUGCCAUGCCCUUGGUUUCUCCCUGCUCCUGAUCAGAGUAAUGGUGUUCCCUUCGCGUUCCAAGAUCCACAAAGAGUCAUUCCUUCAAACGGUCACCAUAUUGAUGAUUCUUCUGCAAACUCCGUUGAGGUCAAGAAAAGUCUGCCGUCCCAUUUACAAACUAGAAUCAAAGAAGAGGACUCUGGUUCACCCGAAGCCAGACCUUUGUAUGAUCUCAAUGAAUCGGCAACUGAAGUCCUCUCAGAAGGAGGAGAUGGUUUUCCUGUAACGCAACAAGCUUAUAGUUUCAAGCAUGAAGAUGUUUCUGACUCACCUAAUGGAGUCACGGCGAUGCAACCUGGUCAUCAUGUUUUGAUUUCUCUACCGGGGAAGAAGCAUGGCUCUCUGGCUGCAGCUGAAGCCAGAAGGAGACGGAAAGAGCUCACGAGGCUCAAGAACCUCCAUGGCCGUCAAUGUCGGAUGCAAGUAUAACAACAUUACCCAUAGAUUUAUCAGCUUACAAGUUGCAAACACUUAAGGUACUUCAUGAUCCCUUUGUUUUUUGUCCGGGGCAUAUUCCACAUUGUUUCGGCUUUCUUUAUUAAACACCAAAGUCAAAGAGUACUCAAUACUCAUCCAACAAACAAAGUUGGAUUAUUAUUAUACUCAUCCAAGAUUAGUGUUCGAGAGUUUUGGGUUUUUUUUUUCUCGCAAGGAAAGAGCAUGUUGUACCAUUAUAAGAAAUUGGCAUAAGUUAAGAAUGCCAUUUUUGUAAGAUCAUCCAGAAUGGAAUUUGCUUGCUUCUCACUGGAAG